AUGUCCGCACUCCGCAGCACUGAACCCGCAGGCGCCACAGCGUACCACGCCGCAGUCACAAACGGUCCCGAAUUCCUGGACUAUCUCCACAAAAAAUGCACCCAUUCUCAUCUAACAACUGACUUUUCGAAGGAAACCCCACUGCACUACGCAGUAAAAGCCAACAGACUAGACUCCGUCACUUGGCUACAAGCCCAGGGUGCCCCACCAUUAAAAGACUACUUGUCGAGACAGACGCCCUCUCAUCUGGAGGCAUACUCAACAACCGAAGAGAGUGUGGACAUCCUAAAAGCCGUGUUGCCCGGACCAAUACACGAUCACCGCAGCCCAAUCACCUUCAACUACUUGUUUACAGAGUUAGUGAGAGGCCUCCACAGCACGAUGAGCACACGACUUUAUCGCGGUGAUCCCUCCACCUUUGACGGGGAGGACUUUGCAAGAUUCGAGAGAAUGCAUGAGGACCGAGCCAUUGCCAAGUGUAGACUGAUAUUGUAA